CGGGCCGCGCUCUGCCGCGUCUUAGCCGUGCUGGCGCGAAAGGGCUGGUUGCCGUGGUGACGGGACGCGGAGCGUGGCUCGAGCCGGUCUCCAUCCAGGCGGGGAGAGGGCGCGAGCUGCGGCCGCUCGCGGCCAUGACUGGCAUUCUGUGCGAUUGGCUGAAUCGGGAAGUAAAGCUCUCGCGGACAGUGGAUUCAGAGUCUUUCUCCAGAGAAUUUUCUUCUGGUUAUCUCAUUGGAGAACUUCUAAACAAGUAUGAACUUCAGGAAGAUUUUGACCAGUUUUCACAAAGCAGGCUUGCCAAUGCAAAACUUAACAACUUUUCUCGCAUGGAGCCCACCCUUCAACUUCUGGGUGUACAGUUUGACCAAAAUGUAGCCCGAAACAUCAUGACAGAGCAGCAUGGAGCUGCUAUCAAACUCGUGUACCAAUUGUACGUGGCUCUAGAGAAAAAGAAAAAAGCAGGUCUCACUGGAGUUGCCAUGGAUGCAAUGCGACCCUCAGCUCAUGCAAAGCUUAAGAGUGUAGGAACCGAAAUAUAUCGUGAGCGACUCAAAACACUAGUACCACGCCAGGCAGACCUGUCACUCCAACAGAUUUCAGACAGCUUUCAAAACAAAGCCAAGAUUCUGGAAAGUAAGAUAGCUAGCAUGCAAUUUGUGAAGCAACAGCAAGCCAAACAGAUCCAGGAGGAAAAAAAGGUUCAAGAGCUUGAAAAGAAAAUUGUAGAAAAGCGCAGGCAAAAUGAAAUCAUGGCCAAGAUUCAAGCAGCAGUUAUCCAGAUUCCAAAACCAUUGCCACAGCAUACUGACAAAGCGAUUGAAGACCAAAAACUGCAGAAGAAGAAGAAGGAAGCAGAGAACACGUACACUGAAAUUAAGAACUUUGAAAAACAAAUGAGGAAAGAGGCUGCUCUGCCUGCCAAACUCACAGAGAGCAUGAUGAAUGCUGUAAUACAAGCACAAGAACUAUCUGUGGAAAAUCCAGCCAUUACUGAGCUACUGAACACCUACUCAGAUGAUGAAUAUAUUAGGAAAAUUCAGAAACGCCUUGAGGAAGAUACCUUUGCUCGAGAACAACGGGAGAAGAGGAGACGAAAGAUGUUAAGAGAGCAACUAAUAGCCCACGAAGCACAAGAAGAGGCAUAUAGAGAAGAGCAGCUUAUCAACCGACUUAUGAGACAGUCCCAGCAGGAGCGGAGAAUAGCUGUUCAACUUAUGCAUGUGAGGCAUGAGAAAGAAGUCCUGUGGCAAAACAGAAUUUACCGAGAAAAGCAGUUUGAGGAAAGACGCCUCAAAGAAUUUCAAGAAGCUCUUGACAGGGAGGAGGCUCUUGCAGAACAAGAGAAAAUUGAACUUGCAGAACAAACCCUUAGAGAAAAACAACUCCAUGCAAAACUUGCUGCUGAAAGAGCUGAGGCUCGCUAUGAGAAGCAUUAUGAAAUUUGCUGGGAAGUGGUUGAACAAAUCAUUGAUUUAGCAACUAAAAUAGGAGAAUAUAGAACGCUGACAAAUAAUUUAAUUCCUGCAAAGCUAAUGCGUGACUGGGAGGAACUCUUCUUAAAAGGAAAGCCAAUUUAUGAGCAAGCUGACAUCGACCAAUUGCCAGAUAAGCCGACUCCAGAACAAUUAGUAGAACUGGACAAAAUUAAUUUGCUAGAUGAGAAAGAUUAUGAUGACUAUAAGGUACUCCCAACUGAUAUGGCCUAGUGGAAGAAUAUAUAGCCCAUAAAAUCAUUGUUCAUGACUACCACCUUUGAUUUUGUGAUUGCUGCAUAAAUUUCAUAUUAGCAUAACAAGCAUUUUUGUGGAGUUAAACCUACUUCAUGCUCCAUUUUUCUAGGAUCUGGCAGUGCCUUGAUUCACUGCCAGUCUGGAUGGUUAUGCUGUCACAGUCCAUUCCGUUGCCCCCCAUAAGCAGUAACAGUAAUAUGCAAGAGCUCCAAGGUUGUGAUAAACUAUUACAAGUAGAAAUUAAACUGUAGUACGUUUGCACUGUGCUAGAAAAUGUUAACACAAAGUAAUCCACAAAACCUGAUGCGAAAUAAACACUGUC